GUCCCCAGUGCCAGUUCAUGGUGUAGUCAUUCUUGUGCUGUAAAGAGGCUGCAAAUUGGCUCAAUCAGCGCAGAGGAGGCUGAUUGAACAAUACUUUCAUCCUUUAAGGUGGGCUUGCUGAAGCUGGAUUUGGUGCACACACAACUUCGAAGUAAUGCUACUUUCAUCGAAACUCUAAUAGAGCUAUAAACUCCAACUUUGCAUUUCCUUGUUUCACCAUGUGAGUUGUUUGAAUUGCCUUGGUUUGUGUAUAAAAUAAUAUCGAUCUGUAAUUUUCCCGCUUUUAGUUAUUUCCUGCAUCUUACUAUCGAUAUAGAUGAACAUGCUGAUGCAGAUGAUAAAGUUUUUGAUUGAUCAGAUUCAAAUAGAGAAAAUACCCGAUUCUCCGGGGGAAGAUCUUCUUCAUUAUUGAAGGAAAUCGAAAGUUUCUGGCAAUUUAUUCAUGAUUCCAUGCAGCUUUCAAUUUCAUAGUCACAGUAAUAGCCACAUUGGCCACAUCAAAUGGAGAUGAGGGGCGGUGGCGGCAACGUCUGCAGCAAUGGGCUGGUCCCUCCCACUACCCAUAUGGCAGCAUCGGAGACCAUGAAGGCUCCCUUAGCUGCUCCUCGGCCUCUAAACGGCCGAACUGCCAUAGUCACCGGCUCAUCCCGAGGAAUCGGCCGGGCUGUUGCAGCUCACCUGGCAUUGCUUGGGGCCAAAGUCGUUGUCAACUACACCUCCACUGGCUCACAAGCUGAUCUCCUGGCUGAUGAGAUCAAUUCCACGGCCCCUGGUUCCGCCACCACUUUCCGAGCUGAUGUUUAUGAUCCGACCCAUGUCAGAUCCCUCUUUGAUGCAGCUGAGAAAGCAUUUGGCUGCCCUGUGUCUGUACUGGUCAACUCUGCUGGGGUUAUGGAUUCUGCUCAUUCGACUAUUGCUGAAACUCCCGUAGAAGAAUUUGAUAAGAUCUUCAGUGUGAAUGCAAGAGGGGCAUUUCUGUGCUGUCGGGAAGCUGCAAAUUGCCUAAAACGUGGAGGUGGCGGUCGAAUAAUCUUACUCUCAUCUUCAUUGGUUGGAGCUCUGAAGCCGACGUAUGGAGCUUACACUGCAUCUAAGGCUGCAGUGGAGAUGAUGACCAAAAUUCUGGCAAAGGAGCUGAAAGGCACCGGGAUAACUGUGAACUGUGUUGCUCCUGGCCCGAUUGCGACUGAUCUGUUCUUUGCUGGUCGAAGCGAGGAAUACGUGAAGAAUGUGAUCGACGCAUGCCCGAUGGGCAGGUUAGGUGAGACGGAGGAUGUUGCUCCAGUCGUUGGUUUUUUGGCCACUGAUGCAAGCGAGGGGAUUAAUGGGCAAGUGAUUCGAGUUAAUGGUGGCUUCGUUUAGAUUGAAGAUAUGCGAGUUACCAAAACAGUCUACUGGCAUCUUUACCGGAAAAAAGUUAUUAGAGAAAUGUCAUACCUCAAAUAUAUCACCUGGCAGUGUAGUGGCCUCAUUAAAUAUCCGUGCGUAAUUACACGGAUAGGAGUAUUGUGCAAUAUUAUAUCAGAUAUAUAUAUAGUUGCUUGAUAUAAAA